UCAGUAUUCCUUCCAAACUAAGAAAAAGCAAACGCCUCAAGGCUCCAAUCCCACUCCGCUUUUCCGAUGGACGAGUCCUACUCCGGCCUCCCCACCAGCCAUCUACUCGGCUCUGUUCCGGCUGUUUUGAGUGAAGAUAAAGAGAAGAGUACAGCAAGCUAUGAAGCACCUGAAGCGAACAUGCAAAUCUUCCCCCAGAAUAAUGGAGGAGGCAAAGGGCCCGGUUAUCAAACUGUUGGAGGUCCAAGUGCAGAAACCUUUGAAGAACAACCGGCAAACAACUGGAGGGGAGUUUUUAAUGUCGCAUCAUACGUACAAUAUUUCAAUGUGGAUACGGACAUUGUCUUGAACAGAUUACUAAGUUCUUUGUUUCCCCACAAUGGAGAUUUUUUCAGCAAAAUUGAUGCCAACCCUGACCUAUACGGGCUAAUAUGGAUCUCCACUACAUUAGUGUUUGUGUUGGCUUCAGUUGGAAACUGUGCCACCUACCUAAUGAACAGGCACACUGAUACCACUACUUCUUGGAGCUUUAAUGUCAGUUAUAUGAGUUUGGCAGCCUGUUCAGUCUAUGGUUAUGCAAUUUUAGUCCCCUUGGCGUUCUAUUUUACACUUAAGUAUCUGGGUGCAAAUUCUAGCCUUAUUCGACUCUGGUGUAUGUGGGGAUACUCUCUCUUCAUUUUUAUUGUAGCAUCUUUUUUGUUACUUAUCCCGGUUGAGGCUCUUCGAUGGAUCAUUAUAGUUCUAGUUGGUGCUGCAUCUGCUUCCUUCGUUGGCUUGAAUCUCAAGUCUCAUAUGCAGGGGAGUGAUUUUACAUUAGUGGUCAUUGCUGCAUGUCUCCUGCAAUUGGCUCUGGCAGUCUUCUUUAAGGUUUACUUCUUUCCAUGAGCGUUACUGGACAGUAGGCACAGUCAGUCUCUGAAUUCCUGGAUUCAAAGCAGCCCUGAUUUCUGGAUGUUAAUUUAGAAGCGACUGGAGUGGCACUUAGGACAUCAGUUUUGCAGUGUGUUGGAAUGACACUCGUUUGGAUUGGAUUUCAGUGAAGAAAAGAAGGCAUGGCAUUUUGUAAUUCAUGCUUUUCCCAAUCUUAAAAUGUCUGUAAAUAAAGAAUAUAUUCAAAGAUGUUGUUGUAGUACUUGUUACAUGUAGUAGUCGAUUUCUUAUUUUGUAGCCAGAAUACUAAUGAAAUUCUCUCCUUUCAACUCCCUCCUUUUACAAUUAUAUUCAAUUCAGAAAAUUUA